AUGCUGACCAAGGGUGAGGAAGAAGGGGUCUCUAGUUCCCCACUGCAUCUGCAGAUAAAAAAGGGGACGUGGACGGCGGAGCAGCAGUCCGCUUACUGGCAAGUAAAAAAGGCGGAGCGGAGGCGUCGCAGCAAAGAAGCUGCCGCACAACGACGUGAGGCGCAACAGAUGGAGUGGGAGGAGCUUGACGACAAGGAGCGAGAACGUCGACGUGCGGAGGCGAUCAUAGUUCACGAGCGACGACGAGCUGUAGAGGCAAAGGAGCAUGCGAUGCGUGAGCUGCACCUCUCCAACGUGUCUCUCCCGUUGUUGGUGUUUGACCUUAGCUUUGCCUGGUGCAUGACGGCUGCCGACUGCCGCAGCACAGUGUCGCAGAUAAAGUUUAGCUACAGUGUAUUGCGGCGGCAUACCUUUCCGAUGCGUCCCGUGGUCACAUCUAUUGGUGGUCAGGAGACAAUGGACACGAGUGCGCAUGGCGAGUUAUUACGCACGCUGUGUGACUUUGAGGGGUUCCGUCGCUAUCCUCUACCUAUUCAUGAACAACACUGGUCCACUCUGUACAAGAGAGAGGACGUGGUCUUUUUGACGGCGGACACGGAAACUGUGCUAGAGCGCCUGGAGCCUAAUACUGUAUAUGUUGUUGGCGCUUUUGUGGAUCACAAUGCGCGGAAAUUUCUCACUAGAGAUGCUGCAAGGCGUCAUGGCGUACGUAUGGCCCGCCUUCCACUAGAAGAAUCUAUUGAAGUGGGUAACCGCUGCAAAGUUCUUACGGUGAAUCACGUGGUGGAGGUGCUAUGUCGAUAUGCCGACUGUGGUGACUGGCGUAGGGCAUUUGACGUGCUGCCGACAAGGCGGGCGAAGCUGACCCAACAAAAACGUUCUCACUCCUCAGCUUAA